UUGUCAAACAAGCAAUAUUUAAAUAAAAUGAAAUCAUAAAUAUAGAUCAAGACAAAACACGUAAGCCUCAAUAGAACGCAGCAACAAAACAAAAGCAGAAACAGAACAAAAUAACAUUAAAGUAGAACAUUACGUGUACCUACGACGUAAGAGCUCCCCUUUCCAAAACAUAUGGUAAGGGCAUGCAACAAGUAGAGGGAACGAAACGCAAGUAUCGACUGGACCGGGAAAAUGUCAGUGUCAGGCGGAAAUGGCCGUGUAAACCUCUAAAACAAAUUCUGGAUUUAAAAUUAUGCUUGGAAAAUUGGCAUGGAUGGUACGUAUGGCAGUUUAUCGUGUUUGAACAACGACGUCAGUGAAAAAGUAAAGCUAAAUGCUCUAAGACGGCAGUUCGGCUAUAACAACACAUUUGGACCUCCAUUUGAUGAAUUAAUAAACAAUAAUGAUGAAAUAAAACCUCCAACGUGAUCUGCUAAAGUAACCUAAGUGCAUAAAUAAAAAAAAAAUCUCCUCUUGUGAUUUCUAUACAUAUCUUGAUAAAUUUCUCAUAAUGGAAAAUUCUCGCUUAGACUACGAUGAACAAGAUCAAAGUAAAUAUUGCUAUGACAGCAUGUUGGAUAUCUUCUAUUCCGGUAAUAAUAACGACGAGGAAGUAUACGUUCUAGACUUAGAUGGAACUCGUAAAGUAGCCGCACAUAAACCUAUGGAUUACGAGGACAGCGAUAAUAAUGACAGCAAUGAACCAUCUACAUCAAGUAAUCCAGUUAUUAUCCUGCCACCAAUCACACAAGUAAUCAACAAGUCAACACAAUCCAUGCCGCCAGAGACUGCAGUAAUUGCCAAGCCUAGGAAGAAGAGAGAAAAACGUUCAUGUAAUCCAGAAAUUUGGAAAAUAAAUGCCGAACGGAUAAAGAGAAAUCUAGGACUGCAGUUUAUCAACAGGGCUGGUACCGUCCGGAAAGCUAAACAACUAAAACCACCCUGCAAAGAAACCUGCGCUAAAAGAUGUUGGGAAUCAUUGACUGAAAAUGAUAGAAUUCAACUUUUUACAGAAUUCUGGGGACUUGGUGACCCCAAACUCCAGCUUCAGUAUUUAAGUGACAACAUUGAAAAACUCGAGAAAAAGAGACUUAGAGGGAAGACAGAAACUUCCAGACGCAAGUGGACAUAUUGCUAUUACUUCUCAUUGAACGAGAGAAGGUUAAACGUCUGCAAAAUGAUGUUCGUAAAUACUUUAAUCAUUUCAGACUCGUUGCUUAAAACCACGAUUAGGAAGAAAGAAGAAGCUGAAAGUGGCGUUCCAAAGCGACGCAAGUAUAAAAACAGAACAUCCGGCAAUUACAUACCGGAAGAGAUGAAAAAGAUCGUGCGAAAACACGUCCUUGAUAUACAUUUCGCAGAAUCCAAGUAUAUAUCGACCAAGUCGCUCAAGAAAUACUUUGAAGAACAUUUGACAUAUAAAAGACUGUACAAGCUUUACUGCGACUGGUUUCGAAAUAACAAGUACUCAAACGAACUCAAAGCCAGCGCUAGCCAAUAUCGUUACGUUAUUGUCAAUGAAUAUAAGUUACGAUUCUUUACGCCCAAGAAGAAGUCUUGUUGGACUUGCACCAGUUAUAAAAUAUCUUCUGAUGAAGACAAACUUGCUCGUGCCGAACAGCACAGUUACCACCUGGCUUCCGAAUAUACAUCGCGUCAACUCAAAUGGGAUUGCAAGGCUUCUGGGAAAGUUAAUACUUACUACGUCGUCGCCACAUAUAACUUUCAAAGAGAUCUCAUCACUCCAAUGAGCGACAAAUCAGUAUUUUACUACAAAAGAAAACUAGCCGCUUACAAUUUUACUAUUUAUGAUAUCGGAAGGAAAGAGGGCUAUUGCUACAUUUGGGAUGAGACUGUCGGCAAGAAGGGUCUAAACGAAAUAUGCAGCGCGGUAUAUUCGUUCAUUGAAUUAAAAGUGAGUCAAGGUGCCAAGGAAUUUGUAUUUUUUUCGGACAAUUGCGGUAAUCCAGAUCGAAGUCCGGCGAUUUUCACUAUGUAUUAUUAUGCUGCGCAUAAGUUUAAAGUAGAUAUUAGUCAUAUCUUUUUCGAGUCCGGCCACACUCAAAUGCCUGAAGACACCAUGAUGUUGACGAUAGAGAAAGCAAAGAAUGACACAGAGAUCUUUGUUCCUGAUGAAUGGGUUUCAUUAUUGAAAAACGCAUCCCCAGAAAAUCCGUACAAAGUUAUUGUGAUGGCCCAAAAUACAAUUUUGGACUUCAAGAAUUUUUUCUCAAGCCUGCCAAACGUCGACUUUGAUUUUGAUGGUGUGAAAAUUAAUUGGGAUGAUAUUAAUCAUGUGAGGAUUAUAAAAGACUGCAGUUAUAUGAAAUUAGGAUAUAAAUUAUAUGCAGAAGAAGUCAUAUUUAUUGACUUCUUAAAUAAACCAGACAGUUUAGUUACCGAUUUUAAUGAGCUAAUAAUACCUUUUACCCUACCAAAAGUUUUGGAAAGAGCUUAUGUAGAGCCUUUUUUAAUUUCUGCCGAAAAAUAUAAUGAUCUUGAGACACUCUGUGAAAAGAAAGACAUUCCUGUUCAAUAUCACGAAUUCUAUCGCAAUUUAAAAUAUAAAGAAACGAACGAAGAAAAUUUAUUCAAUAUACAAAUUGAUAGUUUCUUAAACUAAUUUUUCUAUUCUCUUUAACCAGCAUGUUAUGUUGGUUAAUUUUAUUGUAAGCAAGCUUUUGACUACGACUUUGCCUAUGAGGACAUUUAUUUUCGACAAAUGUACCUUCCUUCAACUAUUAACUAGCUAUGUGAUAGAUAAGGCUUUGAUUCGUUUCAGUAAUUUAGGAGAUUACAUUCUACAGACUAACUGACCACUUUACCUCAGUACUUAUAUAUAUAGCAAUAUAAAAAUAUAUUUUUGAUUAUUUUGCGAUGUUGCCAACAGCAAAUUUUUCCCUUCUUCUCCAUUUU